AUGAGCUAUCCAUAUUCACUACCAACCACGGGUGCAGUGUCAUUCGUCGACUAUUUCGAAGAUGUUGGCUCUUACUCAUCACAAAUAUCUGAUGCUACGGCACAGCGAGGACGUCUCAGAACAGUCCUGAAAGGUCUCAAGAAAGAGGCUCUUGACACACGCGAUUACCGUAACAUUACAAUCGAUGAUUAUCUGCCAUAUCUGAUUAGCAUCAUAAAUUGUCUUGAAUCAGGAGAGCUUAAAUUGCACAAGAAUAAUAAUAUUGAGACUUCAUGGCGAUCUACACUGAGUGAUCACAUUAUCCACACCGGUAGUAAUGCACCCCGGAUUGUGUGUCCAGACAUUUAUUAUGAGCUUAUUUUUGUACUUUUGACCUAUGCCUAUGCCUGUUCGCUCCAGGGAAAUGACACUCUCAAGGCAGUACAAGAACAAGGAUCUGAUGCAGCGGCUAUUUACAACAAGGUAGCCGAUGCACUGAACACAGCUGCGGGGAUCUUCCAGUACUUGGCUAACGAAAUUUUGCCUAAAUGGCGUCAACCACCAGAUAACAGACCGGUAGAAACAAUCAAAGAACUCCUUGUGGCCCUUUCCAAGAUGGCAUUGGCAGAUGCACAGAGUAUUGCUAUCAGUAAAGCAUUAGUCAACACGGGUCUCUCAAAAGCACUUGCUGCAAAACUGUAUAUGGGAGUAGCAGAACAAUAUGAGAUGGCAUAUGGAUUAAUAUCCUCCAUUAAAGGCACCCAAGAAGUGUCAUCUGAGCUCAGGCGAUACUUGGCUGAUGGUUCUCAGUUCUACAAGGCCAUGGCAAAAAAGUAUCUUGCAUUAGAUGCAAACGAUAGACAGAACCUGGGAGAAGCUGUUGGAUUUGUGAGAGACUGUAAGGCUGACCUUCGAGCCAUUCAACAUUCUGGACUUUCGAAGACAAGAAGAUCUGCUGUUUCUUUGCGUGCUUGUAAUGAAGAGGAAGCAGUAACCGAACUUUUACAAAAGCUGACGAUGAUUAAUGACACGGUUUGUCAUAAGAAAUAUAGAUCGAUAGAGAGUGUUACAUAUCAAACAGUCCCAACAAGACAAGCACUUCAACAAAAGAUUCCAAGUGGAAGAGGAGUAUUGGAGAUCAAGCGCUUUAGUCCUCCCUCACCUCUUUUUGGGCCUGUUAGUGAGGAGGUUACUGGUAGCGAGAGAGCAAGAUAUGCCCGGGAUGGGAAUUACUGGUAA